AUAAAUUAAAAAUCACAAUUAAAAUUAAUAAUUAUUAAAAUAAGUAAGUAAACACGAUAAAACAAAAUGAUUAAGAUGGGUUUUUAGCCAAGCAAUAGCAAGGAGCAAGUUGAACUUGUCUUUUUUAAAAAGUGGAACAUUAUCUACAGAGUUAAAUUUUACUAGAAUAAGAAGGUCUUGUAUUUAUGCCAUUUGAUUUAGUUCAUUUUAGCUUUGACCACGCUUAGUAUACUGUAUGCUAAAGUCAACACUAACUUUAAAUAUGGCAUUUAUCUAAGUCCUAUUUGCUUAAUUUACUCUUUUAUUCAGAUAAUCUUCAUUAAAAAAACUUUGACAAAUCCUAGAUACCACUGGCUUAUUUAGUUUAUACUCUUGGCAGUUUUGCUUUCAGUCUUUUUAGGAGUUUAUUUUUAUAUUUAUAAUCCUACAUUUAAAUAGAUGUUCAAUGAAGGUUAAAACUGUAAAAUAAUCAAGGACAGCAGGGCAGUCCUUAAGGAUGGUUCUUACUUAGAAAAUUUUCAGGUCUUAACUGUCUAGUUCAAUUACAAUGGAUAAACUUUUUAGGGAUGCGGUUGUGGCAGUGAUAAAUACGAAGAGAGUAUAUACUAAACAAAAAUUGAGCCUUUUCGCUAUGUGAGUAAUGAAGAAAUGACUGCUUUGAAUGAAUAAACAAUGAAAGAAGAAGAGGAUAUUUCAACCAUCAAAAUGCCCUCUUGGAUGUGCUAGCCUUUUACUGACUACCAAACUGAUAUAAAAGGGAAUGGAUCUUAAAAUAAACCAAAAGUCGAUGUUGAGACAUGUUAUUUUAAUUUUUAUGGAGUCGAUUCUCUAUAUUUAGAUAAUUAAAACUCCUCUGAUUAUUGUAAAAAGAGUGAAAGCUUUGUUUAAGUCAUUUUCAAAGAAAGACCUUAUUUCCCUGUUGAUCAGUUCUGUCUCCUACUAAUUUUUACUUUGUUAGCUAUUUUUUCAUUCUGUCUUAAUUGGAUUUUAGUCAUUAUUGUUCACUACCUGCUACCAUGUUUGAGAGUUGAAGUAGAAUAAGACUUUUUCAAAUUAGAUAAUAAGAACUUGCCUAUUAAAAAGUCAAAUAAAGUUAUUCCUACAUAAAAUUUGUCAAAAAGCUAACCUCAAAAAAUUUAAUAAAAGAAAAAUGAAACAAAAUAAAAUGAGGGCGUAUUUUAUAAAAUAAAAAAAUUAUUUGAUUAUUUAACAAAACCAAAAGUAAAAACCUUGCCUAUUUAAAAAAUAGACAUUAAAAACGAUCAAUAAACUAAUCAGUAAUAGCAAACAAAUAGAAAAUCCUCGCUAAAUAACUCUUAAUUAGCUGAAAAUAAAAUAUUGAUCACAUAACAAGAAAAAGAUGGACAAUCAAAUCCUUAAAGUGUACUCUAAAUUAAUAAUGAAUCUUGUUGCGAUGAAAAGUAUACAACUUAGAUAUAGCAGCCUGUAAGUUCAAAACAGUAGUAAAAUGUUGUUUUCUUUUCUCUUCCUCCAGCCAAAAAGAAACUUCUUCCUCCAAUCGAAAUGAAUAUUAAUUAUGACGAAGUAAUCAAAGAAAAUACAAAGAAAGAAAUAGAAGAAAAAAAAACAAUAGGAAAUUCUCCCGUAAAAGAAAGUUAAAAAAUAAAGAACUAGUAAUCAAUUGAUGUCCCUGAUUUAGUAAUUUCUUAAAAUCAUCAUCUCCACUCUAUUUUACUCAAAGGAGCUAAAAAAGGUUUGAAUUAAACUUUCUCUGAAAAAAAGAAGUCUAAAGUAAAAUUUGUCAGCCAUAAAGACUUAGAUUAAAAUCCAAUCUAAAAGAAAAGUAGUGUUAGUGAAUCAAACAUAAAAUGACAAAUCUAACUAAAAAAUUCUUUAAAUAAUUUAAUCCAUUAAAAAAAUAAAUAAUAAUCUACUCAAAAUGCUAGUUUAAGGACUAGCUUAUGUAAAUUCAUUCUUAAUUAUACAAAUCACUAAUAUAAAAUUUAUUAUAUAAUAUAACUAAAUAUUUAUUUUCUAUGUUAAUACGUAAUCAAAACUUAAUUAUUUUCUAAUUAUAUUCUUAUUUAUUCCUAA